GCGAGAUUUCAAGGUUCGCGAGAAAGUCACUUGGCAGCCAGCUUCCUCCUCUUGUUUUUAUCACUCAUCAUACACAGAGGGGUUUGUCUAACGUUAUUGUUUUCAUCUAGGGGACGACGUUAAAAUCUACUAGUAGCGUAGACGAUAUUUAAUGGUUCUGUUUUACAGUCCGGGCUAUCUGGAAUAUAUCUGCAACCUGUCAGCUAGCUACGUUAGUUAGGCCAACUACAGCUAGCUUCGACAGCUGGCUAACUAGCCAGCCAGCUAGGCGUACAGGUGACUUGUCUUAAGAGUGGCCUCUCCCAUUUUUUUUAUUGUGUGUCUACUCAGGCAAUAAUUCUUGAAUUUGCCACGAGGAUUCCUGGGACGUAAACCACAGAACCUGUAUCUGUUUUACUCUCCGAGUACGGGGUUUGUCUGAUUUUUUUCUGUCUAUCUCAAAUCUAGCUAGCUAACUCCCAUCGUAGUGAUACAGCAGCGAUUAUCUGAAUCUGAGCCAGGGCCUUUGCAUGUAGCCUUCUAGUUUAGCUAGCCGUAACGUUACUCGAUGGCGUCGGACACCAGUGAUACAGAAGAAUUCUACGAUGCUGCAGAAGAUGUCAAUUUUACCCCCUCUCCAAAUGUUUCGCCUGCAAAGUUCGUCCUUCCCACUCCUCAGGGUGUUAAGGAUAGCCUGGUCCAGGAGGUAGCGUCAGGUUUGGCCCUACCAGAGUCUCGUAAUGACGACUCCCUAAAGAUCAUUGACAGCAUAAUUGAGGAGAGCCAAAAGGACAAUGGAGGGGAUGAGGGUCUGCUCCGCAGUGAUCAGGGGGACAAUGAGAGGAAGACUGAAGAGAGGCAAGGGGCUGAAGACCAGAUGGCAUCAGCAGCCAGCGUGUCCAAUCAGAUGCCUGAGGUCCUCUCAGGGGUGGCACUAGUGCCUGCAGCUAGCCAUUCAGAUCAGAUGGCUAGGGUGCCGGAGCAGGAACAGGAAGUAAGCGCACAGGAAGAUGUUGGCGUGCUAGCGGUGGAGGCUCCGGGUGCGUCCAUCUUUGCAGGGCCGUCGGCCACUCAGAAGCUCGCCCCUGCUCCGACGCCACUCCCUCCGGAUAUCACCAGUGCCCUCGGGGGACGAGACACCGGGGCUGAGUCAUUCUGUGCUGGGGGGGGUGAAACGGAGCCCAGACCGGCCGAUAUCCUGGAACAGGUUCCUCUUGCAGACAAAAUGCCUCAGGACCAGGACCAGGACGAGGACCAGGACCCUUCGGGGCCCACCAAACCCCCCAGGCAAUUCACGGUGGAGCCUGACAUUGUGGCCAGCACCAAGAAGGCGCCACCCUCCAGACCGCCUCCUCCGGGUGGAGCCCCGCCCCCUCGGCCGCCUCCACCCACACGUCCCACCCUCCCACCCAGUAAGAAGUCCCAGGAGGCCAUGCGGCCAACUGCGUUAGCAGUUUCCACAGAGCCAGUGGAAGAGCCCUGUGGCUUGGUGUCUCCCAGCUCGACGGUACGCUCCCUCACCAAGGAGCUACAGCACUCUCUGGACCUCGCUAGCGCCACCAGUGGAGAGAAACUCGUCACCACACAGGAAAAUGGCGAGCAGGGGUCAGGUCCAAGCGGUAGUGAGACUCCAGGACCACAGAGGCCGCGCUCCGACUCGGGCCGAGAGCUCACUGAUGAGGAAAUCCUGGCGAGUGUGAUGAUAAAGAACCUGGACACUGGUGAAGAGAUCCCUCUGAUCCAGGCUGAGGAGAAGCUCCCCACCGGCAUCAAUCCCCUCACCCUGCACAUCAUGAGGAGGACCAAGGAGUACAUCACGAACGACGCAGCGCAGUCGGACGAUGAUGACAAGGCCUCUGCCGCCUCGACGGACCCAGACGCAGGAAAGCUGAAGCAGAAAACCACGCAGCUGAAGAAGUUCCUGGGCAAGUCCGUAAAGCGGGCAAAGCACCUGGCAGGGGAGUACGGGGAGAAGGCGGUGAGCAAGGUGAAGAGCGUGCGGGACGAGGUCUUCCACACCGACCAGGACGACCCGUCCUCCAGCGAUGACGAGGGCAUGCCCUACACGCGGCCCGCCAAGUUCAAGGCCGCGCACAGCUUCAAAGGGCCCUUCGACUUCGACCAGAUCAAAGUGGUGCAGGACCUGAGCGGGGAGCACAUGGGAGCUGUGUGGACGAUGAAGUUUUCCCACUGUGGCCGGUUGCUGGCCACUGCAGGGCAGGAUAACAUGGUCAGGAUCUGGGUUCUCAAGAACGCCUUUGACUUUUUCAACAACAUGAGAGCCAAAUACAACACAGAGGGUCGUGUGUCACCUUCUCCGUCCCAGGAGAGUCUGUGUUCCUCCAAGUCUGACACGGAGGGAGCAAUGGGAAGUGGGGCUUCGGAGGACCCCGACAUGGAGGACAGGAAUGCUCCCUUCCGGCAAGUUCCAUUCUGCAAAUACAAAGGACACACAGCUGACCUGCUGGAUCUGUCCUGGUCAAAGAACUACUUCCUGCUGUCUUCGUCCAUGGAUAAGACGGUGCGCCUGUGGCACAUAUCCAGACGGGAGUGCCUCUGCUGCUUCCAGCACAUAGACUUUGUCACAGCCAUCGCAUUUCACCCCAGGGAUGACCGAUACUUCUUGAGCGGCUCUCUGGACGGUAAGCUGCGGCUGUGGAAUAUUCCAGAUAAGAAGGUGGCACUGUGGAACGAGGUGGAUGGCCAGACCAGGCUCAUCACUGCAGCCAACUUCUGCCAGAAUGGCAAAUACGCUGUCAUCGGCACCUACGACGGUCGUUGCAUCUUCUAUGACACAGAGCGGCUGAAGUACCAUACACAGAUCCAUGUGCGAUCCACCAGGGGCAGGAACCGUGUGGGCCGCAAGAUCACGGGCAUUGAGCCUCUGCCAGGGGAGAACAAGAUCCUGGUGACGUCCAAUGACUCCCGCAUUCGCCUGUAUGACUUGAGGGAUCUCUCUCUGUCCAUGAAGUACAAGGGCUAUGUCAACAGCAGCAGCCAGAUCAAAGCCAGCUUCAGCCAUGAUUACUCCUUCAUCGUCAGUGGCUCAGAGGACAAGUAUGUGUAUAUCUGGAGCACGUACCACGACCUCAGCAAGUUCACCUCCGUCAGGCGCGACCGCAAUGACUUCUGGGAAGGCAUCAAAGCCCACAAUGCAGUGGUGACGUCGGCCAUCUUUGCGCCCCACCCGGGGCUUAUCGUGCCACAGGAGGCAGGGUGCAGCGAAAAGCCUGACCCGGAGGUCAAGAGCACCGACUCAGGCGACUCAGAGACCAUUCCCUCAGGAGCCCUGAAAACAGACCACACCGAAGUCCUCCUCUCUGCAGACUUCACCGGCGCCAUCAAAGUCUUUACCAAUGUCAAGAAGUACUGAGCUCCCUACGCCUUACACAGCCUUUCUCUUCUCCCUCUGACUGUCCAAAUGAGACACAAACUCCCCAAGAACAAGCAAAACGGCAAACACGUUUUCCCCCCGAAGCAGGGCGGGAGCUCCGCCUUCUGCUCCCCUCUAACCAGAGUGAAGGAAGAGACGUUCACAAAAAGCCCUUCACCUCUGCUGAGAACAAGGACCCUGGCACUACAGGAUUACGAUAGGGUGAAGGAUCAUGCAAGGAGACAUUUCACAGAAAACGCCCCAACACCUUACCUUUUAUGAUAUUCUUAUCUUCUCCCUUUUCUGUGUAACAUGAAACACUGUUCUUUAUUUGGAGGUUUAUACUGCUUGAAGAAGGCAGAGCGAGUGUGGAGUGACAGUAGCACAUACUGUAGGACGAGACAAUGAUCCUGGUUAGAUGAGGCCAUUCUCUUGGAUGAUUGAUAACCCUGUAAGACCUUAAUAAUCACUUACAGCAUUGCAGUGGAUGAGGUGAUUUGUUCUAUACACAGACUGACAUAAAUGUUUUUUUUUGUGUUUUUUUUUAACUACUUCCCAGUCUGCCUCAUUAUUAAUAGUCAUGCGAUGGCUUUUCAAUGGGACGGUUGUCGUCGUACGGUUCAAAUUUAGGACUAACUCAAAUCAUUUCCGUUACCUGUUCUUAUUUGUGUAUUUGUCCGUGUUACUUUAUGUGUUGUAAAAAAAGAUAAAUAAAUUGAACCACUUUUCUAAGUUUAUGGUUCACUUAAUAAACUAUAAUGGGUUUAUCAUG